CAGCAGGCUGUGCGACGCGCCGGGCCUUAGCCCGUUUGUGCCAUCCGGGUCUCUCGUUCGAGCGAUUCAGUCUGUGGCGAAUCGUCAAGGCGGUCGGUACUGUGGAAAGCGGCAAGUGGAGGCGCCGCUCUAGCGGCCAGGACUCUGGACUAUGGCGGCUAGUGAUACAGAACGAGAUGGACUAGCCCCAGAAAAGACAUCCCCAGAUAGAGAGAAGAAAAAAGAGCAGUCGGAUGUAUCUGUUUCUCCUAGAGCCUCAAAACAUCAUUAUUCAAGAUCACGAUCAAGGUCAAGAGAAAGAAAGCGGAAGUCAGAUAAUGAAGGAAGAAAACACAGGAGCCGGAGCAGAAGCAAAGAGAACCAACUUCUUCUUAAAACAGGCAAGAAGACAUGAAUCCAAAGAUAAAUCCUCUAAGAAACAUAAGUCUGAGGAACAUAAUGACAAAGAACAUUCUUCUGAUAAAGGAAGAGAGCGGCUAAAUUCAUCUGAAAAUGGUGAGGACAGACACAAACGCAAGGAAAGAAAGUCAUCGAGAGGCAGAAGUCAUUCAAGGUCUAGGUCUCGUGAAAGGCGUCAUCGUAGUAGAAGCAGAGAGCGGAAGAAGUCAAGGUCCAGGAGUAGGGAGCGGAAGAAAUCAAGAUCCAGAAGCAGAGAGAGGAAGAAAUCACGAUCCAGAAGCAGGGAGAGAAAACGUCGUAUCCGAUCUCGUUCCCGCUCAAGGUCGAGACACAGGCAUAGAAGUAGAAGCAGGAGUAGGACGAGGAGUAGAAGUCGAGAUAGAAAGAAGAGAAUUGAAAAACCAAGAAGAUUUAGCAGAAGUUUGAGCCGAACUCCUAGUCCACCUCCCUUCAGAGGCAGAAACACAGCAAUGGAUGCACAAGAAGCUUUAGCUAGGAGAUUGGAAAGGGCAAAGAAAUUACAAGAACAGCGAGAAAAGGAAAUGGUUGAAAAACAAAAACAACAAGAAAUGGCUGCAGCAGCUGCAGCUACGGGAGGUUCUGUUCUCAAUGUUGCUGCCCUGUUGGCUUCAGGAACACAAGUAACUCCUCAAAUAGCUAUGGCAGCUCAAAUGGCAGCCUUGCAGGCUAAAGCCUUGGCAGAGACCGGAAUAGCUGUACCUAGCUAUUACAACCCAGCAGCUGUGAAUCCGAUGAAAUUUGCUGAACAAGAGAAGAAAAGGAAAAUGCUUUGGCAAGGCAAGAAAGAAGGGGACAAAUCCCAGUCUGCUGAAAUAUGGGAGAAAUUGAAUUUUGGAAACAAGGACCAAAAUGUCAAAUUUAGGAAAUUAAUGGGUAUUAAGAGUGAAGAUGAAGCUGGAUGUAGCUCUGUUGAUGAAGAAAGUUACAAGACAUUGAAACAGCAGGAAGAAGUAUUUAGAAAUCUGGAUGCUCAGUAUGAAAUGGCAAGAUCACAAACUCACACACAAAGAGGAAUGGGAUUGGGUUUCACAUCAUCAAUGCGAGGAAUGGAUGCAGUUUGAAGAAAAUCACACUUAAUAUUGGGACUUUAUAGACUUCUGGUUCUGAUGUCAGGUCCUUGUUCACCAAACAGCUAGCAUUCUAGCUUGCAUGGGUGUUGCAUUGACUUUAAUUUAUUGAAAAAUACAAUUUUUUGUAAAUAUCAGAUCAGUGAUACUGGUGUUAGUGUUGUAAUCAGGUUAAACCCACUUCCAUUAAACUUGACAGGAUUAUAGAAGGACAAUAUUUUUUAGUUCAUGAAUUCUACUUUUCAAAUAUAUGAACGCUGCAGGUGGGAUAAAAAUCUCAUACAUGGAUUUUUGGUGUCCACUGUCUUGUGUACUUUUGUACUUAACCUUGUACAGUUAUUUUCAUCUCUUGAAACAUGAAAGAAAUGUUAAUGUAGAUGUUCUUUAGAAGAUCUGGCCAUUUGGUACAUAAUCCAGCACAAAUAAGCUGGGUGGUGAUGAUAAUAAAAAUGGUUUUCUCAAAA